UUAAGUCUGUCCAUGCAGGACUCCGUACUUACGUCACAGGAAAACAUGGCGGCCGCCCUGGCAAGGAGAAUGUCUGGGCUGCUGAGGCCGCUGUCCAUCACAGUGUGUGCCAAGACGCCACAACUGUGUCAGCUCUCCAGUUUCAGCAAACCUCAGCCUCUCCAUAGUUGUGCUACAGCCGCUGUCAGCGCUCCUCUGAGGGCUGCGGUGAUUCAGACUCCCCGGUACAACAUCCUACAGCGUAUAUCAUCCCUGCUUCCCAAUGUGACUCAGCAGCCCAGCAGAAGUCUCACAUACUUCAGUGUGAAAAAGGGAAAAAGAAAGUCUGUAAAAUCAGUAACUGACCGGUUUAUGAGGUUGCACUGUGGCCUUUGGAUCAGACGAAAGGCUGGUUACAAGAAGAAACUGUGGAAGAAGAAACCUGCCAGACGAAAGCGCCUGAGGGAGCAUGUCCUCUGUAACAAGACCCAGAGCAAGCUUUUGGAUAAAAUGACCACCUCUUUUUGGAAAAGGAGGAACUGGUACCUUGAUGAUCCAUACCAGAAGUACCACGACAGAGUCAACCUCAAAGUUUAAUUAGUUGUUUCACAUUGUGAGAUCUUGUUUCUGAUUGACUGUAAUGUAAUAAAAAUUAUACACGUUA